AUUGGGAUGGGGAUGGGGAUCGGGACUCCAGCUGUCGAUUCCAGCAGCGGAUCGGGCCGGGGACCGUAACACCGUCAUUGCCUGGUUCCCGAACACCGGGAUGGGCAGGACCGGCAUCCCCCGGGCCCUGGGGGCGGACCGGGCCCGGGAUCCGCGGGGAUCCGCGGGAGCUCAGUUCUGUUUGCCCUCGCAGCAGCCACGCUGCUCCGGGCCGUGCUGAGGAUGCGGCGGGGCCGAGGCAAGCGCAAGGCCGAGCUCACGGAGGUGCCGCCGGCGUCUCGCCGCAGGACGGAGGAAGAGGAGGCGAUAGAGAACGCCCGUCGCAGGGCGGCCCCGUCCGUUCGGGAGUUCAAGUACAACAAAAAGCGGGUUCGCCUUGUCUCGCAGGGCUCGGAGCUGAAGGAUGAUGCUCGGUGCAUCCUUUACUGGAUGUGUCGGGAUCAGCGAGUGCAAGAUAACUGGGCUUUCCUCUACGCCCAGCGCCUGGCCCUCAAACAGGAGCUGCCCCUGCACGUCUGCUUCUGCUUGGUGCCCAAAUUUCUGGAGGCCACCAUCCGCCACUACAGGUUCAUGCUGAGGGGCUUGCAGGAGGUGGCACAGGAGUGUGCAGAGCUGAACAUCUCCUUCCACUUGCUGCUGGGCUAUGCCAAGGAUGUGCUGCCCACGUUUGUGGCCGAGCAUGGCGUGGGCGGGCUGGUGACAGACUUCAGUCCCCUCCGCCUCCCCCGGCAGUGGGUAGAGGACGUCAGGGAGCGGCUGCCGGAGGAUGUGCCCUUUGCACAGGUCGAUGCCCACAACAUCGUGCCCUGCUGGGUCGCCUCCCCGAAGCAGGAGUACAGUGCCAGGACCAUCCGGGGCAAGAUCCACGCUCAGCUCCCCGAAUUCCUCACCGAGUUUCCUCCUGUUGUUCGUCAUCCACAUCCUCCCUCCUGCCCAGCACAGCCCAUUGCUUGGGAGGCCUGUUAUUCCAGCUUGCAGGUGGACCACACCGUGAAGGAGGUGGAGUGGGCAACCCCUGGCACAGCUGCAGGGAUGGCUGUGCUGAAGUCCUUCAUUGCAGAGAGGCUGAAAUCCUUCAGCACCCACAGGAAUGAUCCCAACAAGGCGGCUCUCAGCAACCUCUCCCCAUGGCUUCACUUUGGCCAGGUUUCCACCCAAAGAGCCAUCCUGGAGGUGCAGAAGCACCGGCGCAAUUACAAGGACUCGGUGGAUGCAUUCGUGGAGGAGGCUGUGGUGCGGCGGGAGCUGGCUGAAAACUUCUGCUACUACAAUGAGAACUACGACAGUGUGCAGGGUGCCUACGACUGGGCUCAAACCACCCUGAAGCUCCACGCCAAAGACAAGAGGCCUUAUCUGUACAGUCUGCAGGAGCUGGAGCAGGGCACCACUCAUGACCCACUCUGGAAUGCUGCCCAGCUGCAGAUGGUCUGGGAGGGCAAGAUGCACGGCUUCCUGCGGAUGUACUGGGCCAAGAAGAUCCUGGAGUGGACGCGCUCCCCUGAGGAGGCGCUGCAGUUUGCCAUCUACCUCAACGACCGCUACGAGCUGGACGGGAGGGACCCCAAUGGAUACGUAGGCUGCCUGUGGUCCAUCUGCGGCAUUCACGACCAGGGCUGGGCGGAGCGGCCCGUCUUUGGCAAGAUCCGCUACAUGAACUACGCCGGCUGCAAGCGCAAGUUCGACGUGGAGCGGUUCGAGCGUCGCUACGCCCCCACACGCUCCCAGUGAUCCUCUGUGCUGGGGCAAUGUGCCUUUGCCAAGCUGCCAGCUUGCAGGGAUCACCCAGGGCUAUUGAAGGGCGCCCUGUAGCAGCAGCAAACUCCAGAGUUCUGCAGGUCUUUGCCGUCACCCACUGCUCGAGUUGCCACACUGGGGCAGCUGCUGGAGCCCUUUGCUGCCACAGGUUUGCUGGCAGCUGUGAGAGCCCAUCCUCAGCAUGCCUGUGC